UCCUGCUCUCUUUUUCAUGUCCAGCCCCCGAUGAGUGUCCAUUGGUGUUGCCUUCCCCUUCCCUCCUCCCCCUCUCUCCCGCUUGCCCUGCCCAUGUUUUGUAUGUCUCUGUCCAUCCAGGCUCCUGACGUUCAAGUUCGCAGGGACGUCACGUCCGCACUUGAACUUGCAGCUCAGGGGGGCUUUUGCCAUUUUUUUCAUCUCUCUCUCUCUCUCUCCCUCUCUCUCUCCCUCUCUCUCUCUCUUUUUUCCCCCCUCUUGCACACACACACACACACACACACACACAUACACACACACACACAAAAAGCCAUGACUGCUAUCCCACAAUUCAUCUUCCCUGCGCCAUCUUUGUAUUAUUUCUAAUUUAUUUUGGAUGUCAAAAGACAUUGAUGAAGAUAUUUUCUCUGGAGUCUCCUUCCUUUCUAACCCGGCUCUCCCGAUGUGAACCGAGCGGCUCACAAGCCACCGAAGCCACCACAAGCCACCAUGUCGCGCCGCAAGCAAGGCAAACCCCAGCACUUAAGCAAACGGGAAUUUUCACCCGAACCUCUUGAAGCCAUUCUUACUGAUGAUGAACCUGAGCAUGGCACACUGGGAGCUCCAGAAGGGGACCAUGACCUCCUUACUUGUGGCCAGUGUCAGAUGAACUUCCCAUUGGGGGACAUUCUUAUUUUUAUUGAGCACAAACGGAAACAAUGCAAUGGCAGUCUCUGCUUAGAGAAGGCUGUGGAUAAGCCACCUUCACCCUCACCAAGUGAGCUGAAAAAAGCGUCCAAUCCUGUGGAGGUUGGCAUCCAGGUCACACCAGAGGAUGACGAUUGUUUAUCAACGUCAUCUAGAGGAAUUUGCCCUAAACAGGAACAUAUAGCAGUUUCGUAUGCAGAGGUGGGACACUGGAGUGUUUUGAGCCAAAUUUCAGAACUGGAUAAUGCAGGUAAAGAUGAGCCCAGCAGCUACACGUGUACAACUUGUAAACAGCCUUUCAACAGCGCAUGGUUUCUCUUGCAACAUGCACAGAAUACCCACGGAUUAAGAAUCUACUUAGAAAGUGAGCAUGGAAGUCCCCUGACACCGCGGGUUGGUAUUCCAUCAGGACUAGGUGCAGAAUGUCCUUCACAGCCACCACUCCAUGGAAUUCAUAUUGCAGACAAUAACCCUUUUAACCUGUUAAGAAUACCUGGAUCAGUAUCGAGAGAGGCUUCAGGUCUUGGAGAAGGGCGUUUUCCACCCACACCUCCUUUGUUUAGCCCUCCCCCAAGACAUCAUUUGGAUCCACAUCGCAUAGAACGCCUGGGUGCAGAAGAAAUGGCUCUUGCAACCCAUCACCCUAGUGCCUUUGACAGGGUACUGCGAUUGAACCCCAUGGCUAUGGAGCCACCAGCUAUGGAUUUCUCCAGGAGACUUAGAGAGUUAGCUGGAAACACCUCUAGUCCACCAUUAUCACCGAGCCGGCCCAGCCCUAUGCAAAGGUUACUGCAACCAUUCCAACCAGGCAACAAGCCACCCUUUUUGGCCACCCCACCCCUUCCUCCUCUUCAGUCAGCUCCUCCUCCCUCCCAGCCUCCAAUAAAGUCCAAGUCUUGUGAAUUUUGUGGGAAAACAUUCAAGUUUCAGAGUAAUUUAGUAGUACACCGUAGAAGCCACACUGGAGAAAAGCCCUACAAGUGCAACCUCUGUGACCAUGCAUGCACUCAGGCAAGCAAGUUAAAGCGCCACAUGAAAACACACAUGCACAAAUCAUCCCCCAUGACAGUGAAAUCAGAUGACGGUCUCUCCACAGCCAGUUCCCCAGAGCCUGGAACCAGUGACCUCGUUGGCAGUGCAAGUAGUGCCCUCAAGUCUGUUGUGGCCAAGUUUAAGAGUGAGAAUGAUCCCAACAUGAUUCCAGAAAAUGGGGAUGAGGAAGAAGAAGAGGAGGAGGAGGAAGAGGAAGAGGAAGAAGAAGAAGAGGAGGAGGACUUAAAUGAAAAUGAAAGAACAGACUAUGGCUUUGGCAUUAAUCUAGAAGCAGCCCGUCACCAUGAAAACAACUCCAGGUCUGGUGAGGAGAACCGUUCCAUACCAGAUGUCAUGCAAGGGAUGGUCUUGAGUUCCAUGCAGCACUUCAGUGAGGCCUUUCACCAGGUCCUUGGAGAAAAACAUAAACGAGGGCACCUGUCUGAAUCGGAGGUACACAGAGACACUUGCGAUGAAGACUCAGUAGCUGGAGAAUCAGAUCGCAUUGACGAUGGCACUGUUAAUGGCAGGGGGUGCUCACCUGGUGAAUCCGCCUCUGGAGGUUUAUCCAAAAAGCUGCUCUUGGGUAGCCCCAGCUCUCUGAGCCCUUUCUCAAAACGCAUUAAACUUGAGAAGGAGUUCGACCUGCCUGCUACAGCUAUGCCUAACACCGAAAAUGUUUACUCCCAGUGGCUAGCUGGGUAUGCUGCCUCUAGACAGCUAAAAGAUCCAUUCCUCAACUUUGGAGACUCCAGACAAUCGCCUUUUGCCUCCUCCUCAG